UUCAAAUUUAAAGAAAAAAUUCCAUAAUUUAUUAUUUUAAAUAUAUUGAUUUAUUUCAUUAGUUUAAAUCAUGCAAUAUAUAAUCGAAAUCGUCAAGGUAAAUUAUGGAAUCGUUUAGCACUGAUACAAGAAAAUUAUAUUAAAAUAAAUGGUCAUCAACAAUGUUUAAAUACAAUAUAUGAAGCAUUACAAGAUCCAUAUGUUAAAUUAGGUGAUCGUCUUGCAUUAUGUGAACGAGCAAGAAAAUUAUAUUCACGACCAAAAUCAAAAGGAAUACUUCUAGCAGAAUGGAUAACAAAUGAAGAAGAAAACUUAAUAUGGACUGUACCAAUGCCAAAACAAAUUGAAGUUACUGGAUGUUUAUUAGCAAAUGAUGCUCGAAUGGGUAAAGUAACAUAUACAAUACAAGAUCCAAUUGAUGGUUCAAUUCAAUUUUGUACUGUUGAACAAUUAGCUAUUAAUCAUUAUCGAACAAAUGAAGAUUAUACUUAUGGUAUUCAUUCGGAAGAAGCUAUUAUUCAAACAUUAAUUGGUCUUUUAUUUCUUGAUUUAAUUUAUACAUUACCAGCACCUAAUCUACUUAUUGAUAUAUUUCAAACAGAACCUCUCGAUUUUCAUACAGAUACUUUUUAUAAAUCUCGUCAAAAUCAAAUUGAUGAAUGA